CAUGCGGAGACAAGAGGAGCGCGCCAGCCGCCCCAAGGAGAACCGCCAGCCGCGUGAAUGACCCGCUGGCAGCAUGCGCUCCUGGCCCAACCGAACUGACUGUCUCUCUCCCGUUAACUGCAGCUGGGAAGAUAACUACUGGAACUACUACUUUAACGGGAGCUACCGGGGUCCCGUGCCCCCCGAAAACCUAUUCCCCAUCCCCGUUCUAAUGGGAAUCACCAUCACCUGUACUCUCCUGUUCCUAGCGGGAGUGGCCGGGAAUGUUAUGACUAUACUGGUCGUGUCUAAGUACAGAGACAUGAGAACAACCACUAACCUCUACUUAUGUAGCAUGGCUGUCUCAGACUUGUUGAUAUUCCUCUGUAUGCCCCCUGAUGUGUAUCGGUUAUGGAAGUACAGGCCAUGGAUAUUUGGAGAUACAUUCUGUAAGCUGUUUCAGUUCGUUAGUGAGUGCUGUACUUAUUCAACGAUUUUGAAUAUAACCGCUCUGUCCGUGGAGCGGUACCUGGCCAUCUGCUUCCCACUUCGCGCCAAACGCCUGGUCACCAAGCGACGCGUCCGUGCGCUCAUCCUCUUUCUCUGGCUCGUUUCGCUGUUGAGCGCGGGACCUGUCUUCGUUCUGGUGGGAGUGGAGCACGAGACUCGCCCAGCGGCGGGAAAUUCUGUGACUGCUGGUGGGGCGGAAGGACAGACAGAGAUAGACACUAGCGAGUGUAAACCCACCCAGUACGCGGUUGAGUCUGGGCUUCUAGCCGCCAUGGCGUUGGUUAGCUCUGUGUUUUUCUUCCUGCCGGUGUUUUGUUUGACUGUGGUGUACAGUUUGAUUGGACGAAGGUUGUGGAAGAGACGGAGAGAGAACAAUAUUGGAGCUAACGUAGCACACAGGGACAAGAGCAACAGACAGACCGUCAAGAUGUUAGCUGUAGUGGUCUUUGCCUUCGUCCUGUGCUGGCUGCCUUUCCACUUGCAUCGUUACCUUAUGUCCCAUUCCUCCGAGGGCUCCUCUCCUCUCUGGUCUCUCUUCACCCAGUACUGCUCCCUUGUUUCCACUGUCCUCUUCUAUCUCUCGGCUGCCAUCAACCCUGUCCUCUAUAACACCAUGUCUAGGAAGUACCGGUCAGCUGCUGCCCAACUGUUUGGUCUACAGGAGACUCAACCACCCAGAGGGAGAACAGCAAGCACUGUCAAAGGAGAGAGUUCACCUGCCUGGACAGAGUCCACUGUUAGCCUGUGACUGUAGCCAAUUUGGAGGGUGAAUGGGCGCUAGAUAUAUACUUCUCUGAUUUUGAUAUGUAGUUGUUGUGAUCAACGUCUUCUUGUGUGUUUUUCAUCAGUGACCACUGCUUUCCCUGGUUGAUCAAACUCAAACAGGCACCAUUAUGGACCAUCAAGGAUUCAUUGGUCUUUAAUCCAAGAGAGCACCAGCUUACGCAUAACGUCCAUGAACGUUGAUUAUUGAUUGAAAUUUGAUCAGUCCGCCCUGGCCUUGCGUUGAACAUAUUAAUUAUAUUAGCCUCAAGGACUCUGAACGAGACUGUUGCUUUGAUGUCACAACCCGCCCGGCAAAGGCAUUUGAGAAGAUGUUUUAUAAAAUAUUUAUAAAACAAGGCGUUUCUGUCACCCAAAAAGAAGCACACCAUUAGCAACAACAACUAUUAAACAGCUUUUGAAAUGGACACCUAUGUAUUUUCUACAAAUCACACAUGCAACACACACGAGCACACACACAAACCGAAAGAGUUAUAAUACUUGCCUUAAUUAAUAUGUGAACUGUAUUCUGGAUGACAAAGAAAAGCACUGUAGACUGUGAUGCACUUCUCUGUACCCUGAGAGAGAGGGACUGAAGUGCUGUGUGUUUGUUUGUUUAUGUUGAGUGACUGGGUGUGUUGGGGUGGUGUGUUUAUGGUGAGUGACGGUGUGUGUUGGGGUGUGUGUGUUUACGGUGAGUGACUGUGUGUGUGUCUGUGUGUGUAGAUAUAGGUAACAGUGUUUUGCUAUGAUAGCAUGUACAGUAGGCUAAUUAUACCGCCAGCCUUACUCUGUAAAUAGCAGCUUAGUAACAGUUCAAUCUGAUUGGUAUUAGUCUUGGCUUAUCCUUUAAGUACUUACAAAGCAGCCACUGCCUUGGACUCCAGAAUUCUGAUAUGGCAACCUGGUCUCAGAGCAUUUCGUAUUAUUCUGUAAAUAAAUCCGAGACACUCCAUUUAGUAUAAUAUGUUACGUUUCAUAUGGUAUGUAUUAAUUUGUGGAUGUCCAUCAUCCAUUUGAUAUGAUAUGUUAUGAACUAGAAUUCGUAUUAUAUGUUACAAAUUUGCUAAAUGUACAAUAUGUUACGAAUCUGCAACACGUACAAUAUGUUAUGAAUUUGCAAAACGUAUAAUACAUAAUGAAUUGUAGCUAGGGGGCUAACAUUAGCUAGGCAAGGGGUUAAGGUCAGGGUUACGUUUAGGAGUUAGGUUAAAGGGUUAGGGGAAGGGUUAGCUAAAACGGGUAAGGUUAGAGGAAGGGUUAAGGUUAGGCUUAGGAGAAGGGUUAGCUAAAAUGCUAAGUAGUUGCAUAGUACCUAAAAAGUACUAAGUAGUUGAAAAGUUGCUAAUAUGCUAAAGUUGUCCAUCAUGAGAUUUGAACUCGCAACCUUUGGGUUACUAGACAUCUGCAUUAUACACCUACCUAUCCACCUACAGUGCAUUUGGAAAGUAUUCAGACCCCUUGACUUUUUCCACAUUUUGUUACAUUACCGCCUUAUUCUAAAAUGUAUUAAAUCAUUUUUUUCCCAUCAUCAACCUACACAAACCAUACGAUCCUUUACGCAUCACGCGGCGCGCAUGCACACACACGCACUCAGAGGAAUAGAGGACAUGCAGAGACAAGAGGAGCGCGCAACCCCAUAAUGACAAAUCAAAAGCAGGUUUUUAGACAUUUUUGCUAAUUUAUUACAAAUAAAAAACUUAAAUAUUGCAUUUCCAUAAGUUUUCAGACCCUUUACUCAGUACUUUGUUGAAGCACCUUUGGCAGCGAUUACAUUCUCACACAAGCUUGGCACACCUGUAUUUGGGGAGUUUCACCCAUUUUGUUCUGCAGGUUGGAUGGGGAACGUCGCUACACAGCUAUUUUCAGGUCUCUCCAGAGAUGUUCGAUCCGGUUCAAGUCUGGGCUCUGGCUGGGCCACGCAAGGACAUUCAGAGACUUGUCCCUAGGUCACUCCUGCGUUGUCUUGGCUGUGUACUUAGGGUCGUUAUCCUGUUGGAAGGUGAACCUUCACCCCAGUCUGAGGUCCUGAGUGCUCUGGAGCAGGUUUUCAUCAAGGAUCUCUCUAUACUUUGCUCCGUUCAUCUUUCCCUCGAUCCUGACUAGUCUCCCAGUCCCUGCCGCUGAAAAACAUUCCCACAGCAUGCUGCUACCACCAUGCUUCACCGUAGGGAUGGUGCCAGGUUUCCUCCAGACGUGAAGCUUGGCAUUCAGGCCAAAGAGUUCAAUCUUGGUUUCAUCAGACCAGAGAAUCUUGUUUCUCAUGGUCUGAGAGUCCUUUAGGUGCCUUUUGGCAAACUCCAAGCAGGCUGUCAUGUGCCUUUUACUGAGGAGUGACUUCCGCCUGGUCACUCUACCACAAAGGCCCGAUUGGUGGAGUGCUGCAUAGAUGGUGUUCCUUCUGGAAGUUUCUCCCAUCUCGACAGAGGAGCUCUGGAGCUCAUUCAGAGUGACCAUCGGGCUCUUGGUCACCUCCCUGACCAAGGCCCUUCUAUGAAAAGUCUUAAUGGUUCUAAACUUAUUCCAUUUAAGAAUGAUUGAGGCCAAUGUUUGUGGGGACCUUCAAUGCUGCAGAAAUAUAAUUUAAAAAACAUUUAAUAAAUCCAUUUUAGAAUAAGGCUGUAAAGUAUUUUUUGGGGGGGGAGAAGUCAAGGGAACUGAAUAUUUUCUGAAUGCAAUGUAUUUCAUUUUUGUCUUGAGUAACCAUAAAAACUUAACAUAUCAUAAUAAUUUGAGUGUCCCAGAUUUGUAUUUACAAUGUUACGUCUAGUCUAUGAGACCAGGCUGGAUAUGGACAUAAAGACUACAAGUAAGGACUACAGAAACAAUCCGCAAAUAUGAACUACAAACAUUGCCUGGAAUAAUACUUAAAACGUGGAAUUGUAACUACAGACAUGGCACUUCAGCCCAAAUUAAUGUAACGCUUAAAUAUGUAUACAUGUUUGUACCGCUAUAAUAAUCUGUACUAUGCCUGUACAAACUAUAAUGGAACAAAACACUGUAUGUAUUUUAAUAUUGAUCCAUAUCAUCAGGUUGCCAACUUGGUCUGAACUCAUUCCGGGAGAUAAAAAGGAUUCAACAUUG